GGAGGGAGGGAGGGAAGGGUUGCCAUGGCGAUGGGGCGGCGCGAUCCCUCCCUCCCUCCGAGGCUUAGAACGCGGGGCCCGGGCGGUCUCCAUGGCAACGGGGCCUAGCGAGCGGUGGGCCGGUCCCUUCAACUACCUCCCCCAUUUAGGGGACACAGCGGGUGGUCCCCCCGUCCCCUCCCCCCUUCCCUAAAUUUGGACAGCUGGAUGACCGUAGCCUCUGUUGACAGCCACAGAGAAUUCAGACCUGCCUCUCCAGAACAGGUAUCGCAGUGACUGAAAGUGAAGGUCAGCAAGGUGGACUAGGUUUGGAUGGAUGAGCCUCAAACUGCAGGACCCUCCAUGGUCCAGAGACCAGCCCUCGCAACGCCCCUUCGGCCCUCGCAAGAUGCGUGUCACCUUCUGCCAGGCCGUGCUUGCCGUUGCCAUAGCGUUCAACCUGCUGGUCCUCUACUACAUCUCCCGGCUGCAGCAGCACAUCCUCCACCGUCACAGGGAUCAUGCACAACCGAGCCCCCGCCAGCAGGUCAGUCUGCUAAGGCCCGGCGUGACUGUCCUCAUCAGGGAGUUUGAAGAUUUCGAAAACUACGUUCCCGAAGUGGUGCGGUCUUUCCUGAAACAGGAACCGGAGCUGCCCAUCGUGGUGGCGGCGGACCACUUGCCGUACCCUCCCAUGAUCUUCCCUCCCGCUCCCAACGUCCAGGAGAUCCUUCUCAAGCCGGCCCCCGACCAGCCCGCCCACAUCUUCAGGCCUGAGACUUAUGUGAGAACGGAGCACGUCGCCCUGGUGCCCGAUGGGGUCAAGGCAGAUUCGACAUCUCAGCUGGAAAGGAUUCUGGAUGAGUUCAAGGCCAGCCAAAGCAAGGCGGAGAUGGUUGCAGCUCCUGUACAUUCAGCGACCCCUCUCCAGUGCCUGAACCUCAGGGUCAGCCUUAAAGAGUGGACAGCGGAGUACACCGCAGCUCCCCCAUCCUCCAAGCUGUGCGCGGCCUUGAAGGGGGAGGCCGUCCUCCUCCUCCGCACCAGGGACCUUUUCAACCUCUCCAUGCCUUUGGCCAGACCCUUGCUGACCUCCCUCUUCAUCCAGGCCUCCUUGCGGGGCUGGGCGGUCCGCAUCCUCGACGUCUCUUUCUCAGCCCUGCACCAACCCUUGCUCACCUCCUCCCACAACCAGUGGAAAGCUGACAACCUCGCCAGAGCCAGGAGGCUGCAGCUCUUCCGGGAUUUUGGAAUCAAACGGGUAAUCCUGGAGGACAGGAAGGAGCAGUGGUUUGGGUGCAGCAAGGAGACCCCACGGUGCUUUGGAACCAUCCACGACGACACUCCGGAGUACCUCUACCGAAGCCGUUGGACCCCCCCGUGCUGCCUCAAAGCACUGAGGGAAACCGCCAAAUAUGUCAUCAACAUCUUGGAGAUGUCUGGGGUACGGUACUGGCUGGAAGGGGGGACGCUCAUCGGGGCGGUUCGUUAUCAUGACAUUAUCCCGUGGGACUACGACGUUGAUCUAGGCAUCUACCUGGAGGACAUCCCCAACUGUGAACUGCUGAGGAAUGCCGAGUCAGGCUCCAUUGUCGACGAGAAGGGCUUUGUCUGGGAGAAAGCCAUCGAGGGGGACUUCUACCGAGUGCAGUACAGUGAACACAACCACUUGCAUGUCGACCUUUGGCCCUUCUAUCCCAAGAACGGUGUGAUGACCAAGGAUACCUGGAUGGACCACCGGCAGGAUAUUGAGUUUCCCGAACACUUCCUGAAGCCCCUGGUCCCCAUCCAGUUUGCCGGCUUCUUGGCUCUCGCUCCCAACGAUUAUCGGGGCUUUCUGGAGCUGAAAUUUGGAGAAGGGGUGAUUGAAAACCCCGAGUAUCCCAACCCGGCUCUGAAGAGGAUGGAGAAGGAAAACUGAACAGGGGCUUUCGACAGUCCGGGCCUUAACAGGAGAGGCUCUUGAGUAUCUCAGAGUUAAGACAUAUCUCCAGAGGCGUAUGAGGGGGAAAUGGCGCCCAGAGACAACCCCUUCCCUGCGUCCCCCACCUCCGCACUCGGGGGCGUGGCUUGGGGCACCGAGCCCUGCCCUCCGGCCUGCACAGAGGCUGGGGGCGCCUGCCGCCAAGCCCCAGCCUCCGUGCAAGCUGAGCCCCACCCCUGGCCUCCGUGCAAGCUGAGCCC